CAAAUGGUGGGGAUGCAAAAUUGAUAAGGUGGGGCAAUCGAAAGGGGAAUCUUUUUACAGUCUUUAUAUAAAAGUGUGUACCACUUCAUUUCUCUCUUAGUACCACGAGUGGAAUAAAUUUAAAAACGUCGGAGAAGACGAAGAGUGAACGUUAAAAGGUGCAAAUUGUGAUAUUGGAUGUUUGCAGGCCAUCAACUUGGAUUUUAGUUACUUGGAGAGAGUUUUGGGAGAAAGACACGAAAUUGCACAAAAGAUUUUUUGGCACAUUAUUGGAGUAAAAGUGAUUCAAUGUUGUAAAUGCAGUCAGAAAGAGUUAAUCGUACCGCAUAAAAUCAGUUUACGUUUUAAGUGAAAGACUAAGUGAUUACUAAAUGUACAUAGUUUGAAAGUUUGAGAAGGGUUUCAAAUUAGGGAUAAACUAGUGCAAAUCGAAUUUGUAACGUUGCCUCAGCAUCACCAAAGGACUAUCAAUUAAUUUUCCUGUUCUUUUGAUCAUCGGCUCAUUAAUCAUGAAGUUAUUCUAUUUCUGCGGUUUAUUGAUGUUACCUGGUCUCUUGGCUAGUCCUGUGGUUGACUCAUCACUGGAUCCCGUAGUUCUUUCAGACAAAUUAGGUGAUGUUACGAGAGCCAAGAGGUCAGGUUUUGACUUAUUUGGUGGUAUCAAAAAGAGUAUCCUGAGUGGGAUUGGGCAAGCAUCAGCAUCCCUGGCUGCUAGUAGUAGUUCAGGAAGUAGCUCAAAGAGUCAUCAUCCAGCACCUCAUGAAGAGAUUAAGAUUGAUGGUUGGCAUCUAAAGAAGUCCAUCCUUAAUACACUAUUCCAAGCUGUUAAAGCUAUCACUGGAGGUGUUACAGCAAUUAAGGGUCAACUGAUCAAAGGAAGUGGCUAUCUGAUAAGUGGUUCAGGAAAGUUGAUUGCCGCCAGUGGUGAUAAAGUUACAAAUGUGGGAAAGACCAUCAUCACAAAGGCCGUCCUUGUACCACCUCAGCCUCAUCCUUUUGCCAAAUUGAGCGGCGGAUCAUCGAGUUCGCAACACUCAAGUCCAACUGGCCAUAGUGAAAGUUUCACCAGCUACGAUAGUCCAAUCCCUGGUCCAAUCACUGUGGAACACACCAGCUAUGACACUCAUGGUGAUUCACAUGCCUACCUGCCCCCAUCCCCAUCUUUGUCCCCGGGUUACGUAAGCACGAAAUAUGGAGCACCGACUGCCGGCCAUGACUAUCAUUCGCACUACUAUCCACCGCUGACGACAGGACAUUCAGCGAAUUAUAUACAAUCCAAAUCAAUUCAGAGUGCAGCUGAGGUAUUGCGAAAAGUACUUAAUGAGAAAGUCCCAUCAAGUACUGACCAUCCUGUACAAGACAAUUACAAAUUGACACAGCACGCAAUACCCUCAGAUCCUCAGUCCUAUGUUCCACAAUUUAAACCCUUAGGGCCAAGUCAGGGCUAUGGGAAACCAGUUGGUGUUAUCCAGACCCACACAAUCACUACAGCAUACGGAAAUCCAGCUGCACUUCAGAGUGUCCAGCACAAUUGGCUGGCUAAACCUUCCAAGGACUCAUAUUCGACUUACGAAGCCAUGGUCAAUAAGAACCAACAACAUCACAGACGAUCUGUACCCCACAAGAAGGGUUCAGUCACAGUGGUAGGCUCAAAAACUGACGCAACUGACAAUAGGAUCCAUGAGCAGCAUCUGAACCACAUAAAGCAUAUGCUAGGAGCUAGGGACUUUGAUAUCCAGAGAUCAGUCAGUUACGAACUAACAGAUGGACAGCUUAGACCAAAAAGACGAACAAUACUGACGAAAAGGACGUAAUGUUAAUCUAGUACAUUGACUGAUACAUUUUUCUGCCGUUUAAAAGACUUCCAUUGGGGUCUAAGAG